CGCAGCUGGUUUACUUCUGGCUUCGUGGCUCAUUGAAUCCAGUAGCAAACGUUUAUUUGUCGGUAACGUCAAACUGCAGCGGGGGAAAAUGUCGUAUUUAUUAGCCACACUUGUCGCCGCAGUGCUGCUCGGUUCUGAGGCUUUGGGGAAAACUGUGACGGGACGUUUUAGGAGCGAAGCGGCGAGACAGCAGAAUGGCCAGUUCAUCACUAAAUUCAUGUACCAAGGUGAUAAUGGUCUGUUGGUGUGCAGGCUGGACAACUCUGCUCUGGCUGCCGAGAAGGAGUCCAGACUACUGCUGUAUCAGGAUAUGGACUCCACGCUGGACAACCUCAGCUGCUCUGAGAGGCUCGCUAAAGCUGAGUUCACCAUUUCUCUCAGUCAAGACGAACACAAUCAGACGAUCCCUCGUCAGUUCUCUCCUACAUCAUGGCGGGCCCUGUAUGCUGACAGAUAUACAUGUCAGGAAAGUGCAGUGAUUCCUGCUCAUGCUGAUCUCAGUUUUACCAUCUUGCUGUUUAACCCUGACUCAGCUGGGAAUCCUCUGGAGCACUUCAGCGCGGAGGAGGCAGGUCUCCACAGUUUCUACUUCCUGCUGCUGCUGGCCUACUUCAUCGCCUGCUGCAUCUACAUCCAGCCUCUGUACCAGGCUCUGAGGAAAGGAGGUCCCAUGCACACCGUCCUCAAAGUGCUGACAACAGCGCUGGCGUUACAGGCCUGCUCCGCUCUCUGCAACUACAUCCACCUGGCCAGGUAUUCCAGAGAUGGUACUGGUAUUCCUCUGAUGGGCAGCCUGGCAGAGUUCUGGGAUAUGGUGUCCCAGGUGUCCAUGCUGUACAUGUUACUGAGUCUGUGCAUGGGCUGGACUCUGAGCCGGGGCAGGAAGCCUCAGUCCAGACCUCUACAGUGGGAACAGUCUCCGGCGUCCACGGCUGUCGCUGUAGGUGGAGUCGUUAUACAGGGCGUGUUGCUGCUGUGGGAGCAGUACUCCGAGACAGAGAGUCAACAUCACAGCUACCACGCCCAGCAGAGUCUGGCAGGUCUCCUCCUCAUGGCUCUGAGAGUGGGCCUGGCCCUCCUGCUGGCCUCUGUCCUCUACCAGAUCAUCUCCACCGAGAGGAGCACCCUGAAGAGAGACUUCUACCUCUGCUUCGCCAAGGGAUGCUUCCUGUGGUUCCUCUGCCAUCCCGUCCUCUUCCUCAUGUCGGUCAUCUUCAACGAACACCAGAGGGAGAAGGUGGUGACUAUCGGUGUGAUCCUCUGCCAGUCCAUCUCCAUGGUGAUCCUCUACCAGCUCUUCCUGUCUCGUUCUCUCUACUGGGAGGUCUCCUCUCUCUCCGCUGUGUCUCUGCCGCUCACCAUGUCCAGGACGAACCACAGAGGGCGCUACUGAGCGCAUCCACUGUCACACACACAAGCCAGGGAGAACACGCUGUGACACGGAGGCUUCACCUCCCGCUACCUGCCACUGUGUGCGAGGUGGGAGACCUCCUGAGCAUGAAGACAGGAAGUGCUGUAACACUGCAGGGACUGUUCUCC